AUGGCUUCUUCUUCUGCGGACACGUCCGCAGCCCCCGCGCUCCCCCCCAUGAGAACGAGCUCGUCUCUCCGGGCCAACAAGAACUCGCCCUUCUCUAACAAGUCUGCCCCCGCUCAGGGCGCCCAGAAGCUGGUCGGCUACAAGGGCUCCACCAUGCCUGGCAGCGCGCCGCCUCGACGAGACGGAAAGCCCGGGGUCGUCUACCGGCUCAAGGCCGAAAACGGCAAGAUGAACGUGGACGAGUACUCCCCCAUCUUCACCCCCGAAAAGUGGAGCCCCACCGGCGACACUUACGCCCCAGGGUUGGCCGGGAUCGCUCUGUGGGCCAUCACGUUUACCACCGUCAUAGGGGGGGCCGCGUAUCUCGUCGUCAACACGUCCGCCCUGGGGGCAUGA